AUGGCUCUAGUCCAUUUGUUCUGCUUCCUCUUGUUUUGUCACCUCAUGCUGAUUUUAUCAUCAGGGCAUGGCAGCCGGUACCAAUCUAACUGUCCACCCUCGUUCACUUGUGGAAAUCGUGGGAUUUUUCGUCACCCUUUCACUACGUCAGAACAACCCGAAUGUGGCUUCAUAUUCAUACAUGGCUGUAAUGGCAGUUAUUAUUCACCCAAAUGGAUCCAACUGGAGAAGAACGCAAAAACCACAGAGCUAACUGCUGUCAUUGACCAGAAUACCAUUACACUUUCUGAUCCAGAUUUUUACCAGCGUUUGCAAUAUAAUGUUUGUGACACUUUGAACCACAACUACACUCUUCCUCCCCCUUCUCCUUUGGUUUCUUUUUAUAUAAAUUAUAACGUAACUCUCUUCCAGUGCAAUAAUAGCCGCAAUUUAAAUCCCCCCUCACACUAUUUUAAAUACAACUGCUCUUCCUACAUUAUCUAUUAUGACAGAAAGCAGCAUUCCAAUGUUACUAAAGAGAAAGCGCAUAGUUUUUUCUCAUCCUGCUCCCUACUUCAGUUUCCAUCAAAAGACUUGACUGAUACCAAAAACAUCUUAUCAUUUGUAUCUGGUCAGAUGGUUGUUAAAAUAGUAUUAUCUGCUGAUUGUGAAGAGUGCUGCAACCACAGACGAGGCCGAUGUAGACUUAAUGCAAACAAUAAGUUCUACUGUCAUUAUGAACCAAAGAAUAAGAGACAAUAUUUUAAGCUGCUACUAGGACUUGGAAUAGGUUUAGGCAUUACAUUGGUUGCACUGGGUAUUCUUAUAGUUCGAUGCCUCUCCAGAAGAAAACGUGCUCUUUCAGACCUCCAAAAUCAAUCGAAAAGAAAAUCAUAUAAUGAUGAAAUUGAUCCAUAUCGAAAUCAAGACUUGGAAAACGACACUGUCUACUUUAAAAUACCUCUGUUCUCUUAUAAGGAGCUAGAAGAAGCUACAAAUAAUUUCCACCAAGCCAACCAACUUGGAAGUGGAGGCUUUGGAAUAGUUUAUUACGGGAGACUGCAAGAUGGACGAGAAAUUGCUGUUAAGCGUCUAUACGAGCACAACUGGAGGCGAGUAGAACAGUUCACCAAUGAAAUUGAAAUCCUUGCUCGCACCCGCCACACAAAUCUUGUGUCUCUCUAUGGAUGUACUUCACAUCACAGCGAUGAACUACUGCUUGUGUAUGAAUAUGUUCCAAACCAUACUGUUGAUUUUCAUCUCCAAGGUGAUCUAGCAAGAACAGACACACUGCCUUGGCAUAUCAGGAUGAGAAUUGCCAUAGAGACAGCGAGUGCAUUGGCUUAUCUGCAUGCUUCUGGCAUCAUUCACCGUGAUGUGAAAACCAAAAACAUUCUUCUUACAAACAGCUUCAGUGUCAAAGUUGCAGAUUUUGGUCUUUCAAGACUAUUUCCUCAUGAUAUCACCCAUGCUUCCACGGCACCACAAGGGACACCGGGUUACGUUGACCCGGACUAUCAUCAAUGUUACCAACUUACUAACAAGAGUGAUGUAUACAGUUUUGGUGUUGUGCUCGUUGAGCUAAUAUCAUCUAAGCUUGCUGUUGAUAUGAACAGGCAUAAGGAUGAGAUUAACUUGUCAAACCUAGCCUUAAAGAAGAUCCAGAAGGGUGAAUUCAGUGAGCUGGUGGAUCCUAAUCUUGGUUUUGAUUCAAACAAUGAGGUUAAGACGAUGAUAGUUUCGGUGGCAGAGUUGGCUUUUCAAUGUUUGCAAAGGGAAAAGGAAUUGAGACCUUCCAUGGAUGAGGUUUUGAGGGUGCUAAUGAGAAUUGAAAGUGGGAAGGAUGAGCCUGAGCAUAUAGUUGAAGAUAUGCAUCCACCUUCACCAGAUGGAAAUGAAGAUGAGAUUGGAUUAUUCCAAAAAACAAUGCGACAGCCUUCACCUAAAGCUGUGGUUGAUGAAUGGGAUAGUCAAUCUACUACGUCAAAUACCAUCAGUGGUCGUUAA